GAAACACAAAGCCGAAAGGAUCGGAUCAACGGAAGCAACAAUGCCUUCGGCAUUACCAAGGUAAAUAUGCACUACGAAUAGUUUACAUAAUUAAAUAAAUUACAAUAACAUCAUAUACACAAAAAUAUAUAUUAAACUAUGACUGAUGAUGAUUGAAACAUUUCUAAAACAAUCAAAUUCACAUAUAAUCCGAUGCCUAGUUACACAAAAUGAAGUCUUACCACGCAUCCUUUAACUAUGAGUUUCUGUCGGGAAUUGUUUUAAACAGUGUGCAGAAAAAUUCAUAGCGAUAUCGUUGUGCUCAUAUGUUUUGACCCAUUAGGGGUUGUCGGAUAACACGAUAUCGAUUGUACGGAUCAAUGUGAAGUUGGUGCCCUUGUUGGCCCCCCUUCGUUAAGAGCAAUCAAGCAAAAUAUACCCAAUAUACUCGUAUAUGUGGUUAUUCUCCCGCCAGAUAAUAUUUAACUGAGAAGUGUUGGGAUAGGUAAAUAUUGCAGCCUAUGAAGUAGGGCUUCCACCAUAGCUAUAUAAUGGCCACGCAAGGGGGCAAUCCUGUCCAGAAGGUUUGACAGGAACGUCAAUGCGAAAUUUUCCUUUUCGCUCAGUAACAAAGAACAAGUCAUAUACAUUGUGAAGUUCAGUCGAUAAGAACCUGAAGUGCCCGAGCCAUUUUUUUUAAUUUUAAAAUAAAAUAAUUAAGGCUAAUUUAAGAAACGAUGAAUACUGUUAAUGAUAUCAAGAUAAACUCGAGCGUUUGGAUGAACAAGAGCUAUUCGUCGGUGCUGAAGAGCGCUCCUCUUCCCGUCCCGGGAUAUCGGGGUCCGCUAAACACUCGCCGUUUUCCGGUAUCCUCGGCUCAGGGGAAGCCUGUGACUCCGGCGAAGUCCUUGCCCCCAAUGAAUGGUCAGAGGACCAUGGGCAAUGGCGGCCCCGUUGAGGGGCCGAACAACUCGCGUUUCAGCCACUACGACCAGGCUGUAAAGGAACAGAACCGUAAAAUCGGCAAAGCAUCCAUGAACCCCGGCCGCAUUGCGGCUACCAAGGAGAACGAGCCGUACUUCGCCAGCAACUUGAAGUACUACCCCCACCUGCCGCAGCCUCGUUGGGUGGAGCACUACCAGACCUUUGCCGAGCUCAAGCAGGUCCUGUCGGACGGCGAUCUCUCGCAGGUGGAAUCGCCCAACCAGGUACCCAAGCAGGCACCCAAGCUGGCGCCCAAGCAGGCACCCAAGCUGGCGCCCAAGCAGUCACCCAUGCAGGCGGCCAAACCUGCGCCCACUGCGACACCCAUUCUGGCGAAGAUGCAUCAGGCGCGUGGCAAAUCGGUGACCCCUGCUCAAGUGCACAAUGAUCAACCGGCCCAGGCGCCACCUCGUCGCUACUCGAUGACCCGCAAGAAUCCCGGCGACGGCCCUGAGGAAACCCUGACCAAUCUUUUCCUCGCUGUCAGCAAACAUUUGCUCCGUCAGCCCCAAACGGAGGUUCAGCGUCAGUUCCAGAUCCAGAUGAAGAAGCCGGUGCAGCAGGAUCCCCUGAUGGCCCAGUUUGUGGCCCGCCAGAAGGAGGUGCGUUUCGAGGACGAUCUGAAGGAGGCGCCACGUCGCCUGCAGCCCAGCUGGUGUUUCUCCUCCAAUGAGGAGGCUUCCAAUGGGGAGGCCUUCAAGCCCAGCGGUUCGUCCAAGCCCAAGCCGGAUACUCCACGUUCUUGGCGCUCGGAGGGCACCGCCCACCUGCUGCCGAGGAAGUCCGAGGCCAAGUACUCCUAGGUGA